AUGCUCCAGCUGCACCACUUUGUGCCCCUCCAGUCCCUUCUGCUCGCGUCCUACGCACGCCUCUUGGCUGUCGUCCUCCACCUCGCGGCGUCAUACGGCCUCGACCAAGCGGCAUUACUGACCGGCAAGGCUGCAACCAACGCCUCGAGCUCUCGCCCCUCGCACACCGCAGGUACCGCCGAUGCCACUGUCCAUCUCGACAACGGGCUCGCGGCAGUGGAAGUCGGCGAGCGUAUCGAACGCAAGCCAGCAACUGUAUCUGGAGGAGCACCGGUGGCCAAGUCGGGCCCCCCACCACCACAACAGCAACAACAAAAACUGCUUCCUCGCUCCCGACCGGGAUCCGUGGCCACGGACACCUCCAUCGCGAAACGCGCGCCGCUUGCUUCAGAGUCGCGCUCCAGCUCCCCCUCGUCGCCUCACCCUUCACUCGCGCUUGAGGCUGGCCGCCAGGCUGUCCUCAGCACGGACAAGCCCAUCUCAGGGCUGGCGACCUCGUCGUCCGUGUCCGUGGCGGCGGGCCGUGCCAGCGACACCGAUGCGGCGGACGGUCCCGGGCCGGGACCGCAGCGCAAAAAGGCUCGCAUGAGCGUCGUCGAUCGGGACCCAGCCGCCGAGUGGGAGCGCCCCAAGGCCGCCGAGGCGUCGAGCGCGAGCGCGAGCGCGAACGCCAGCUCGAGCUCAAGCUCCAUGGCCAUGUCGAUGGCGAUGGCGAGCAAGAAGAGUAAAAACGGCAAGACGACAACGACGACGACCGCCGCCACCGUUUCAUCACGCGCGAUCGCGUCUGGACCGGCUGUUGCCGAGGCAAGCGGCAAAGCUGGCAAACGCGACGCUGGCGCGCUCGGUAGCACUGGCGCUGCCGACGUGCCCUCGCCCACGCCCAAGCUCAAGGCCAAGGGUAAAAAUGUAGACUCGGCUGUGGACGCUGCCGGCAUGGGCGGACCCAAGGACAAACCCAAGACUGGCAAAAGUCUCAAGGACAAGGACAAGGACAAGAAGAAGAAGAAGAAGAAGGACGCAAUGGACGACAUCUUUGGUUUCUGA